UCUCUUAGCGCGAGACAAGGAGAACAGUGGGGAGGUGAGAAAAACGCACGAGCUGUUCACCUGCUAAAACACCACAAGGAAAAAAAAGUUCAAAAUAGGAAAUAUGAAAACUGUCAUCUGACACCAUCAUAAUCCAGGUAAGCUGGAUCGUUCGAGGUAAGAACACAAUGCUGACUCUUCCGUUUGAUGAUCCUGUUAUAAUGGACAGUCAAUUCGGGGCAAACUUUCCACGGGACUGCGUGGGUGAAAUGAAGGUCACCAAACAAGAGCCAUUUAAAAAGGUGGAGACGCUCUCCCACACGAUGGAGGAUGAGGAUUCGGAGAAGGAUGAGGACGAACGGGAGGACGGACAGGACGAGAACGGUCUGCCUCGGAGGAGAGGGCCUCGGAAAAAGAAAAUGACCAAAGCCAGGGUGGACCGGGUCGUGAUGAGGCGCAUGGAGGCCAACACCAGGGAGAGGAACCGAAUGCACGGUCUGAACAACGCCCUGGACAGUCUGCGCAAGGUGGUGCCCUGCUACUCCAAAACCCAGAAACUGUCGAAAAUCGAAACCCUGCGGCUGGCCAAGAACUACAUCUGGGCGCUUUCCGAGGUCCUGAGCACUGGGAAGAGGCCUGACCUCUUGACCUUUGUUCAGACCCUGUGCAAAGGGCUCUCGCAGCCCACCACCAACUUAGUGGCCGGAUGCCUGCAGCUGAACGCCAGGAACUUCAUCACGGAUCAGACCAACGGCGAGGCGUCUUUCUCCGGCAGGUCGCCGUACGAAUCCGUGUACACGACCUACCACAGUCCGGGUGUGGUGCCGCCCUCUGGACCCUCGGUAGAUGCCGUCAAACCCUUCAGGCCGUUCAACUACUGCAACUCCUAUGAGUCUUUCUACGAAAGCGUCUCGCCGGAAUGCGGAAGCCCUCAGUUCGACGGUCUCUUAAGCCCGCCUAUUAACUUUAACGGGAUCUUUUCCCUCAAGCAUGAAGAGCCGGUCGAAUACGGCAAGAGCUGCCACUACGGAACGCGCUAUUGCGCCGUGCCGCCGCGCUCCUCCAUCAGCCAGAGCGCGAGAGGCUCCUCGGAUCUCCAUUUCCCAUAUGACAUUCACCUCCGCGGCCAGUUUUACCCCGUGCAAGACGAAGUAAACACUUUUCAUAAUUAAUGAGAGAAAGUCAAACGUGAGUGAAAAGGACUGAAAAUGCAGGACUUUCGAUCGCACAUGUAUUAUUUAUAAAAUCCAUCUCUGAUUUGGGUUUUAAGCCAUCGGAUGUUUUAUUAUUUAUCCUUUUUAAUUAAAUGGAAAACGUGCUUACAGUGUUUCUAAGUAUUGAUUUUUAAACUGUCUGACAAAAUAUGUGGUCUGAUGGAAAAAUAAUCCACAAACAAUAUCAAUGUGUUUUACGCAGAGUUUCUCGUUUAUUUUCAGUUUAAUUUAAUGACCUGUGUGAGUAUUUAUAGAUCUAAAUCUGCCAGUAAGGACUCUUGCUCCAAAAGGCAUCUUUUAAUUAUAAGGUCAUUCAAAUAUUUGCGAAGAAAAUUCAGUAAAAUAGAAGAGCAAUAAUUGCUAAGGGUGCUAUGCAUUACACAAGUCUAUAAUUCUCGAUCUGGCCAUUUAUUUAUCCACUUAAUUUGUCUAAACAAUGUUCGCACAAACGUCAAAAUAUUGGUGUUAAAAAAUGUAAUUGCUCAUCAUUUUGUAAUACAUAAAUGCGUUUAUUCGUUUAUGAGAAGUAACAUAAAAAACGUAAGAGCUUGUAUUGUAUUUGUAUUGUAUUUAUUUCCUUUGAAUCAAAAUUUCAUCUUUAUUUACAAAAGUUUCGUGAUGUAUUACACAGGGCACUAUUUAAAUGUUGGUAAAAAUUGAUUCAACAAUUGCCUAUUAUUAUUAUUAUUAUUAUUUACAAUAAUAGUAAUGAUAUGUUAAAGACCACC